CUUGUCCUCUUUUUCCUUCGUCGCCAUUUCCAAAUCACAUGAUGGCUAACGACGAGAUGGAACCUGUGAUCCAGGCGAAGCGUCCGUCGGCCAACGCACCGGUUGAAGGAAGUGUGAGUCUUCCCAUUCCUGCCGUAGACCCCAAAGUGGACGACGUGGUGGCGCCGCCGCUGUCACCGCCACCUGUUGUCCUCCCUCGACCGGUGCUGGAUGCUGCAUCGUUGUCGUACCGGUCGACCCGAAAGGAGUUGAUCAGUGUGUUUGUUGCGUGCACACAUCUGAACUUGCCGCAGUUGCCUCAGACGUUCUUCCAAUCCAUCUUCAAAGGCAAGAAGCCCGAUACAAACCUUCCAGAGAUUCGCGUGGAGGUGGACAUCAAGCCCGUGGGGGGCGACGCCGCGAAAGCGUCGACAGUUUUCCAUCACACAACCGAAGCGUUGCGCGUAAAGAACCCUUCAUUCUCCGUGGGGCUCACGAUUCCCGUGCCCGUCUCGAAAGCCAAUUCCGACGAGUACCACCUGCAUUUCCGCGUCGUGCAGACCGACGUCGGGUUGGAGAAGACGGUCGCGACGACCGAAAUGAUGUGCGGGCUUCUUCUCGAAAGCUUCAAGCAGGGCUCUCCCGUCGUGCACUUGCCGCUCUUGGCCUCUACGUCGCAGGAAGCCAUCCUCAGCCUCACCUUGGCUAGGGUCUUCCCCAUCAAGCACAACGUGCUCCCAACACAAAACAUGCUCAUGCACAUGUACGCGUUCCCACAGCCCAAGCACAAGGACACGUCCACCCUCACCCUCGUCGAGCAGGCGCCAUUGCUCGCGUCCGAAGAGCUCGUGGAGGUGGGGUACGCGACGUCGCUGCCGCCGCUGUUCCUCCAGCAAUGCACGGACGAAAUGAUGGCCGCCCAUCGCUUGUGGAGCGUCCGAUACGCCAACGCGCGCAAGUCGGCGCUGCUGUUCGACUCCCCGGACGAAGCGCUCGCGAACGGGUGCGACGUGUACUCGGUCGAGGUGAUCUCGGGCAAGGGGCUGGCUUUGCCCGCCGAUUUGGUCCUGCAGCCUCCACCCCCGUCUGCCCCCGUGACCCCCACCAACCGGAGCCCGUCCGCCACCAACCGGAGCCCAUCCGCCGCCAACCGGAGCCCGACUGCCAACAGCGGCGGGACGCGCAGUCGGACGUCGUCGAACGCGUCGAAAGAGACGGGGAAGCAGCCGGUGGUCACUUGCAACCCAUUCGUGGCGGUCAAGUUCAAGGAAGCAUCAAAAGGCCAGCGGCCGGUCGAAGUGACCGAAGGGAGGACGCCCGUCGAAAAGAACACGGGCGAUCCGCACUGGGGCGACAGCGUUGUCGGCGCCAAGACAGCGAAACCGAUCGAGUUUUACCGACCGAACGAAGGCCAGCCAGCGCACUCUUUGCGCCGGACGUUGGAGUUUGACGUCCUCAGCGUGUGCGACGCGCACUACGAAGGCGAAAUUGCCCUUGGAAAAGUUACUUUGCCCGUCGAUGCAGUCAUGUAUGAAGGCAAAUGUGCUGCGUGGGACAUCAACCUCACUCGAUGGCUCCCAGUGCUGUCGCCGUCGGGGGAAGAGCGGGGGGAGAUUCUCAUUCGCGUGCAGAUGCGCCGCACCACGACCGUGUUUUCGCUGGAUGUCGAGCCUUCGUACGCCCACGGCAGCUUGUUCCACUUGGCCGACCCGAAGCGCCAGUUGAAAUUUCAAGCAGCGCUAGAUGCCAAGAACCACACGCCGGCGUCGCUGUCGAUUGCCGACAUCAGAGACUUGGUCGCGAGUCAUAGCGCCGCGGUGGACCAGCUGCGCGCGUGGCAGGCCCACGUCGAGGCGGCGUCGACCGACUGGUUCCGCUCCAGUGAACACAAAGCCAAAGCCGACGUCCAGCCGCUCACAACCAACUUGCACGUGUCGUACUUUCGACUGUACGCGGGCGUCGAGCCGGCGCGGGCCACGGUGCUCCAAGGCCGACCGCGAGACGUCGAGAUCGACGUGCUGCCGGGGGAGGACCUGAGCGCGAGCACGCGCUACAUGCUCGGACACGGCGGCGGCGGGUCGCGCUUUUCGCUGGAGGACCUCGUCGACCUCGACUCGCCGCUUCAGGUGGACGCGACGUACUCGACCGUCACGUGCGGCGCGCCGACCGCGCACGGCCUGGGUCUGAGCCAGUUUGGGCUGGUGGAGCUUGAGGACAAACUGCUGUCGGUAGAAUCCCCCGUCGAAAGCUACCGAUGUACGUACGCCCUGCGCAAGGCGGUGUGCAUGAGCCAGGCGCUGUGUGUCCUUGCCGCGACCUUCACAAGUCAGCUGGAGCUGGUGCUCCAGAAGAGCGUACCCAACCACGAGUGGCUGCUAGAGCAGUGGGCCACCGUGGGCUACCUCAUCGGAUGGGAGAGCCUCGUGUCGACACAGGGCAAGGAGCUGCACAUGCUCAGCGACGCAUGGGUGGCCAUCAAGUCCCUCGAGCGCGUCCAGAUCCAACUCGUAUCCCACGGCGAGCUCACGACGUUUGCGCCGUCGCCAGACUCGGACGAGAAGUACGUGCUGCAGCUGCCGCUCCCGUCGCCAGUGUUUGGGCUGCUACCCCAAGCGCUCCAAGACGGUCGACUCGUCGGCGUCACGUCGGUGCUGUUCACGCAAGGCAUCAAUGAAAUGCAAACGCUGGCAAACGUGGUCGGGGCUGUGGGCAUUGCACUUCAAGUGCGCAUCAACGACAAGUGCUGCUUGGCGUUGGGAGAGUACCACGAACGACUCAUGGCUGUACCGUCGUUGCAAGGCAUGACAGCGCAAAUGAAACACUUGAAGCUGGACGCGCUAAGUGCGUUCAUUGCCAACUCGAACGAAUCGACCAUGACCAAGAAGAACCACCGCAUCCUCCUCGAAGCAUCCGACGACAUCCGCCGGUUGAAUGGCGGCCGCGUGACGUUUUGCAAGUCCGGCAAGGACCGCACGGCCAUGAGUGUGACGCUGGACCAGGCACGGGUCGUCGGUUCGCUCUGGAAGCAUGCGCCCAUGAUGCUCCAAGACGCGUCGUCCAAGCAGGACUGGGCGCUGCUCAAGCCCGUGGCCAACCUCAUGCGUGAAUUUGGGGUGCGGAUUGAAGUGGCCAAGAAGAAUGUCGGCCAGCCGCGCUACUCGUUCAACGGCCUGCAGCGUAAACUGCUGCCGAAAAUGUAUCGCCCGCCGCGUGGUGCUAUCAUCAAGGGCGACCACGACGUUGACGAUUCGUAGCAUAUAGUAUCAAAUUAUUGUGCUCAUUUUAAACCUAUAGCAUGUAAGUAAGGGUAUUAUUGACUUGAAAUAUAUUGAAAUGGUGAGAUA